CAGUGACAGAGGCGCACACGUCAGGCGUUGCCCAAAAAUAAAAGGCAAGAGCGGAGGAAGAUUGCACACAUGACAAAAUUGGAAAGAGCAGGUCAUGGUGCCACCUUUUCUAGGGAGAGACAAAAAUUCAAAACCGAUCCCAUUAUAUUAAAGAGAGAGAAAUAGAAAAGAAAGAGGGUUCGGCACAACUAACCAAACCAAGAAGAAGAAGAGAAGGAGAAGCCGGACCCCAACCGUCCGCGUUUUAUCUUUCACCCUCUUCUUCCUCUUCCCUCUCUCUUCACAUUUCAUUAAUAUAUUAUAUUAUAUUACCUUGCAGUUAAGUUAGGUUCAGCGUAUCCAUCCGAGGUAGCAUAACAUAAUAUGGGAAAUUGCUGCGCGAGGCCGGGGGGCCCGCAGGAGAAGAAGAAGCGGAAGGAGAAGAAGGCGAAGGAGGAGGGGGCGGGGAGGAAGCUGGUGGUGCUGAGGGAGGCGACGGGGCGGGACAUAGGGGUGCGGUACGAGGUGGGGCGGGAGCUGGGGCGGGGGGAGUUCGGGGUGACGUACCUGUGCCGCGACAGGGAGAGCGACGAGGAGUUGGCGUGCAAGAGCAUAUCGAAGAAGAAGCUGCGAACGGCGAUCGACAUAGAGGACGUCAGGAGGGAGGUUGAGAUCAUGAGGCGUUUGCCCAAACACCCAAACGUCGUGUCCUUGAAGGAGGCCUACGAGGACCACGACGCCGUUCACCUCGUCAUGGAGCUCUGCGAGGGCGGCGAGCUCUUCGACCGCAUCGUCGCGCGCGGCCACUACACCGAGCGCGCCGCCGCCGCUGUUACCAAAACCAUCGUCCAAGUCGUCCAGAUGUGCCACAAACAUGGAGUGAUGCAUCGCGAUCUCAAACCUGAGAACUUUUUGUUUGCAAACAAGAAGGAAACAGCACCCCUUAAAGCGAUUGACUUUGGAUUGUCAGUUUUCUUUAAACCAGGUGAAAGGUUUAAUGAGAUAGUUGGAAGUCCAUAUUACAUGGCUCCCGAGGUAUUAAAGCGUAAUUAUGGCCCAGAAGUAGAUAUCUGGAGUGCUGGAGUAAUUCUCUACAUCUUACUUUGUGGUGUCCCGCCGUUUUGGGCAGAAACUGAACAGGGAGUUGCUCAAGCAAUUAUUCGAUCUGUUCUUGAUUUUAGAAGGGAGCCAUGGCCAAAGGUUUCUGAUAAUGCCAAAGACCUUGUGAAGAAAAUGCUUGAUCCUGACCCCAAGCGCCGGCUUACUGCCCAAGAAGUGUUAGAUCAUCCAUGGUUACAGAAUGCAAACAAAGCUCCUAAUGUUUCGUUGGGAGAGACUGUUAGAACAAGGCUCAUGCAAUUUUCUGUAAUGAACAAGCUUAAGAAAAGAGCUCUGAGAGCGAUUGCAGAGCAUUUGUCUAUAGAAGAAGUUGCUGGGAUAAAAGAAGGAUUCGAGGUGAUGGAUACUGAAAAUAAUGGCAAGAUUAACAUUGAUGAGCUUCGAGUAGGGUUGCAUAAACUAGGUCACCAAAUUCCUGAUGAAGAUGUCAAAAUACUUAUGGAAGCUGGUGAUGUAGACAAAGAUGGGUACCUAGAUUAUGGGGAGUUUGUUGCCAUUUCUAUUCAUCUGAGGAAGAUAGGCAAUGACGAGCACCUUCACAAAGCCUUCCAAUUCUUUGAUCAGAACCAAAGUGGAUAUAUUGAAAUUGAGGAGUUACAAAAAGCCUUAGCGGAUGAGAUUGAAGCAAACAGUGAAGAAGUCAUCAAUGCAAUUAUGCAUGAUGUGGACACAGAUAAGGAUGGAAGAAUAAGCUAUGAAGAAUUUGCUGCAAUGAUGAAGGCUGGCACAGAUUGGAGGAAAGCAUCAAGGCAGUAUUCAAGAGAGAGGUUUAAUACUUUAAGUCAGAAAUUGAUGAAGGACGGGUCUUUGCAACUAAACAAUGACAAUAGAGGGCUUUAGUGAUUGCAAGUUUUACUCGUGCAAAAGCCAAAGGAGAAGUCACCCUUUGAUUCUUUUUCCUUCAUUGUUAUUCUUUUCUCCAAAUUUUCUUAUUUCCUUUUGAGACACCCCUUUAUCUUGGGGCGAAAUAGUGUUUGGUUUUUAAGUUCUUUUGGGUUGUUGAGGGGGUUGUCAUCGGAGAAAAGAGAGAAUGGAGCACUGGACAAGUCUUCAAAUUGUGACUGUAUAUAUUUGCACAUAGUCACAUCAUAUCAUAACCAUUUUGGCAUUCUUAAGUAAAUCUCAAUUUCUUUUUGUUGGCGAAA